AUUUUAAAAUGUCCCCAUUGGUGUGAAUAGGUCUUUUUGGUUUUCUGCGCCAGACCACCGCCUGUUCCUCCCAUCAGAGACCACACUGAUCAUCACAUGGAACCACGACUACUACCACUAGCCACUUAUACUGAUUUAUCCAGAGCAUUGUGAGUCGUGCACACGCCUGAACUCUACGGGACAAUAUGCUGACUGUGCUCUUCAUCCUGGGCGCGUUGUCUCGCCUAAACUUUGCAGCAGACAUCCCUAUUAAAUUGCUGAGUCCUGAAACAGACGGGGUCGUGGCGGGCAGAUUCCCAAACUCUUUUCUACUGAAACUGCCUGAUUGCUCUAUUUAUGGAAACAAAUCCGCUCAAGUGCUGUACAUAGAACUGCCCAGCAAUGCAAGCAAAACAGAGUCUUUCGAAGUUCCAUAUUGUCCUGUCAGUCUGCCAGGGUACCUUCUGAAAGACCUAAAAAGUGGAACAACUUACAACGUGAUGUACAAAAUUGAAAAUGAUACCAGCACAGUCUUGACUGAAACGACUACCACCGUCACUGAUUAUCAACAGAUAAACGCUGGUCUCCCCGCACGCAGUGGAGCCAUGGUGGUCAUCACCGUCAUUUUGUCUUUGGCUAUGGUGGCCCUCCUGGUUGGACUCAUUUUUAGUUUAUUCUUUACAGGCUGAGCUCAGUGUGAUUCACUUCAAUAACACUUCAUGAAAUCUAUUUGACUUUUAUAAGUAAUUGAAACACAGUUUGUAUACAUUUAGAAAAUGUCAGUCUAAAUUAAUAUACCUAUUGUGUUGGAUGUAAAAGGGAAUUACACACAUGUAGCCUAGGCUACUAUAAUUAUCAGUAAUUUCAAACUGGAUAGUGUGUUGCUUUUCAAAUAAAUUGUGUUCCUUAAAUGC